AUGUGGGAGCCCAAAUUCUCGACGUCUCGGUACAUUCUGUCCAAACUCACCAUGCUUGUGUCCAUGGUUGAUGACAUCUACGAUAAAAUCGACGAACUCGAGCUUUUCACCACUGUCGUCGAGGGAUGGGACACCAGCAUGAAGGAUCUCCCCGACUACAUGAAAAUAUAUUUUGGUUCACUUAUUGACGUGUUGCAUGAAGUGGACACGAUUACAACCGGAGAAGGAAGGUCCUACUGUUUGGAAUAUGGAAAGCAGGAGAGGAAUCAAAUGAGAGCGUACCUGACAGAGGCAAGAUGGUUUGCCAGAGGGGAGGUGCCGACGGUAGAGGAAUACCGGCGCGUGGGGAUAUACUCUUGCGCUUACCCGUUACUGACAUACUCAGCACUCGCCGGGAUGGGUGAAAAGGCGCCAAAGGAGGCGUUCGAUUGGCUGCUCGCGGAUCCCAAGAUCCUCGUCGCUGUCUCCGAUCACUGUCGCCUCAUGGAUGACAUCGUAUCUCACGAGUUCGAGCAGAAAAGAGGGCACGUCGCUUUGUCUGUGGAGUGCUACAUGAAGCAGCACCGAGUGUCGAGAGUCGAGCUUGUUGGUCCACCACCCCGAUUUCGUUUCGAGGGAAGUUAUUUCGCACCUUUUUUUGUCAAAAGGUCAUUGAAAUUAAGGAUACCACAGAGAUAA